ACAGAAAUAGAGUCCAGUUUAGAUACUUCAAUAAGAACUUCAUGAAUGCCUCUGGAGACAAAUUUUCGCAGGAAUCGAUAGGACGCGCAAGAUGUGAGGAAUUAGCAAAGUCUUCUUCGUUUUACCGGAAGGUUUACUCGGAGAUAGAGGAAGUAGGAUGGGAACCGCUACGAAGAUUAGGUGGAGAUUUAACGUUUUUCAGCUUUCACAUUCAAGAUAAGAAGGGAAGAGCACACAUCUUAGAAAUUCAAUUGGACAGAGACUAUCCUAAAUCCAAACCUUCUGUUUCCGCGGAUGUGCCGUACAUGUUUACUCUACAAUGGUCAACAACAAGCUCAAGACUGAAGGAUGUGAUGCUCCAGUUCCAAAAGCAUGUGGACAAUCUUCAAGAAUUUUGGUCUGUCUUGGACGAUAUCGACAAAUCUCUGUGUGUUGUUGAUGCUAAGCAACCAUCUCGUGCCUCUCCUGUCCGUCGUAUUCAUGCUGGAAACGAUUGCAUCCUCAUUGUUCAUGUCAACUUCAACGACCCUAAAUCCCUUCCAGAGUGCCGGUUUAUUGGUCCUGAGCCUCAAGCCAUGGAUAUCAACAACUUACAUAUGAUGUGCAGAAGAAAUAGCAAAAAAUGGUCUUUCCCAUUUUCAAUCUCUUUUAAUAGGUCAAAGGAAAAGUCAUUUCUCGAGAACCUUGAAUGUGUUCUAGGCACUGAGCUUCCAAGGCCUCAAGGUCUCCAAGAGGAAGACGAUCAUCAGCAAGUUGAUUGCGGAAUCUGCUAUGCUCAGUUUCUACCCACAGGUGAUUUCUCAACCGAAAAAACAAUAAACAAGUCUUUAUAUAGUUCAGAAUAG